AUGUCAGAUGACGAAUGGCUCGACGAAUACGACGAUGAAGAUGUUCUUUGGAUUGAGGAACCCGAUCCAACCAUAGCUGAUGAUUUGGCUGAAGCCGCUACAUACGACGUGUUGUACUUUGACGAUCCCUCCCUCGACGUAGAGGACGUUUACAGUGAUUGGGACGAAUUGUCUGAUGAUUAUUACGAUGACGACUCAACUGUUGAAAAGAGACGACGGCUGUUGAAUUUAGUGAAGAACACCGGAUAUGCUGGAGAAAUCCCCGAGGAUAUUCAACGACAAGGAUUGCAGCAACAGAAGACAUUGGUGCAUCGGCUACAUCGCGGUGGAGCUGUGGCAGAAUCACCAGCAUCCAAAACAGACCAUGCGUCUUUUCAAGCAGUGGUGUGGAAGAGCUCAGACGACGAAAAAGACACGGUCACCUUGUAUGAGCCGGGUGAUGGGGAGAAGGUUGCACUGCUGAAGAACUGGCGGGAGGUCUUUCGAAAUUCUCAUCCUGCCAACGAUCGACUACGUCUGCGCAAGCUGGGUCAUCUCAAGGUGGACAAGGAACAUAGCCGCUCACGAUUGAUCGGCGCCUUAUUGCAAAGAGAAAGCCAAAAGGAAGACAGCUCAGACUGCACGUCUGGCGUCUCCUCGCUGGAGAAUCUUCGCGAGACCGACGCUGCCUCCGAAAAUAGCCUGACGUCGACCCCUCCGGAGUCCGUGUCAUCGACCCCCCUACACAGGAUCAACGCGAUGGAAGCGAUCACCGGUGUGCCCGUGGUUCCCGAAUUUAACGACUUGAAGUGCCCUCCCGAAGACUCGGAAAUGGACGAUAUCACCACGAAACGAGUUGAAGCCGAACCGACCGAUUCUGCGGGCAACGGUUCAUCGCUUUCUUCCGGGAAGCAUCGGAAACGCAAGGCAUCUGACCUGGCCGAGGACCAUCCGGAUACCAGCAUGGAUGCUUCCAAGAGAUCAAAAUCAGAAAGUAAGGUAUUGAACACAGCCGGCAAAAAGGGAAUCGCCGCGACUGCAUCAUCGGGCCCAGUCAGAAGGUCAACCAGGCAAAAGACGAAUCAGAAAUAA